UAAAUAACGAUUCAUUAUUAUUUGUAGAUCAGUCCGAAUGUACCACAUGAUACAUUGCGGUUUUGAUCCUUUCAAAUACGGCCUGGUUAUUUAACCUACGUUAGGGCGCACUGUUAGCUAGCAAGCCAUCAUUCGUCUGUUUGGCCAAAUACUUAUUAUUUUCCACGGUUUAUUUAGAGGUAUUCCCACUUGACGAAAGUGCAAUGUCGUCGUGGGCACCAGGCGGCAGACGGCCUCAACCCAACCCAAAUGGAGGCAGUGUUAAACCUCUUCGGCCUUUUCGAAGACCAGCACCAUACCCCGUGAGAGAAGACCGGACCGACGACCACAAGGAUUCUGAGAGUUACGAGGAGUUAGACCAACACCAUGACUACUCCGGUAACAACAUGGACUAUGAAGGAUAUCAACAUCAACAAAAUGCUUCUCCCAAAGUUUACAAUGCAGCUGACAAACGUAGCGCCCUCUACCAGCGGUUCUAUAAGCAACUCCAGGAGAAGACACCUGCCGACUGUGUGGUUCUGUCUGUGAGCAACCAGAGCACGGAUUACCCCAAAUCUAUAGGCCACUGUUUGCAGGACCGUGGCCUCUCGGUGGAAAUGAUUUACCUGCAGGCGGAGUCGGGCCUGACCCGGGCCCUACAAGAUGUCCGCUCCGACGGUUCCCCCUUAUGUAUUCUCGUCGAACAGACUAACGUAGCUCUGUCCUCGUGCACAGUAAUCAUAUUUUCAGAAUCACUCAAAAUCCACCGCAACAUGCCCAAGGACCAUGCCAUGGACUUUGUGAUGGCGGAAUAUGGCCGUGGGCUUGGGGAGCGGACGCAGCAGAAGGACCCUGCAGCAACAGGGGCGCGGGCGGCCGAGCUGGUGGAUGACUACCUGGAGAGAGAGAAAGUGGAGAGGCAUGCUGUGCCCUCUGACACCCGCCAGCUGCUCUUCUUCCUGGCCGAGGGAGUUCACCUGUACCCCGAGGAGCUGAGCACCAUCGCGGAGUAUCUUCGCAACCGCCAGGACCAUCUGCAAGCCACGUCUGAGACUGGUGAUGGCCCCCGGCCUGAGAGGAAGAAGAUGUUGCCUCCUGGUUUAGGUAAACCUCCACCGCUGCUACCCACCCCCUCAGGCCCUCAUGGCAGAGAGCCACCCCCUGGGAUGGGAGAGCAACCUGUCACCCCCCUCAUGACUCCAGGCUCAUACCCCAAGACCAAGCCCCCUCCACUGCUGUCCAUGCACCAGGGACAGGGGCUACCUCAUCGUCCCACUCAUGGCCCCCACGGUCCACUACCUCGAGGACCCCCACACCACCAUGGGCCCCCUCCCCCCCGAGGGCCCCCUUCCGCCCGUGGUCUUCCACAGAGUGGCCCCAUGCCCCCACACGGCCCCAGAGGAGCCCCACCAUCACUGAAGAGCCUUCACAUGGGACCCCAGCCUGGGCUGCUCCCCUGUCCAAGUGGUCUGCCUCCACACCCUAACACACCCAGGCGCUGAGAGAAGAACACCUCUAGACCACCAUGGACAGACAGCAGAAAGCAUUAGCGCUGAUCAGAAAACACUGUCAUACUGGCCUGAGGAGUGGGAUCUCCUUCAGCUCAGUGCCCUGCUGCUGCUCUCUCAGGACCCCACACUACCACUCCUCAUCUCAGAGCCCUGUAUAGAUAGUGUCUGCAUCCAUAGUUUAGCAAGCUGAAAUGGAAUGUUGGUUUUAUUUGACUAUUUGGGAGUUCAGAGCUCAAUUUUUUUGAGUUGACCCACAACGAUGUUCAGGAGCCAAGUCAGAACAAAUGACUUUUUUUUUUUAUUGCAUUCUCAAAUUCUUUUUUUUUUUUUUCAUUUAUCUGUUAUUAGUUUUUAUCUGAAAAUUGGCUAUCAAAUAUUAUAAUAAACAAUAGAUUAAAGGCAAAUCAAUCUCAUAUCUUUUGCGAUCAUCUCAUCACACUCAAUGGUCUGUCUUUGGAUUUUUCCUAGGAGGAUCUGAUGCCAGUAUGCGAUCAAUUUAAGAACAUAGUAAGAAAUUCAUGGUAAAGUCUGCACCUGUUGUAUUUGGCGCAUGUGACAAAUAUAAUGACAUUUUAAUCUCGUGAUAAAUAUGAAGGUGAUAUGUUCAGGAGUAGGUCUGAGCAUGUGGUUAUCGACUUCAAUAUUUAUUUAAAGUAAAUUGGUAAUGAUACUGGAGUAAAAUUAGCUAGUUAACAAGAACGGAACUCAGUUUCUUAGGCUCUAUUUUAAAAUAUGUUCUACAGGUGUUUUAUUAGAAUAAAACAUUCCAUUGUAGCUUUUUAAGUUGGCGGUCUGAGAGAAAUGAAUGCUGUUUUAGAGAACUUAAUGUUAAUUCCUUUUUCUGUGUUAUCUCCCAUGAUCAAAUAAAAAAUGUAGCCCCAACCAUCACUCAGUGUUUAGGACAGUAUAAAAGGUGUGACUAAACAGUUUCUGGCAGCUGUUUCCUAUUGGGAACCCUCAGUAUGUGCACAUGAAAAUUAAGAAGUUAUUGUGGAGAUGUUUUUUUUUACAUACACGGUACUAUAUAAAACAUGAGAUACUGUGUGUAUCUAAGUCAACCUUGGCAGUGGUCUGAUGUAACUUCAGACAAGUUGUAGUACUUAUCACUAGAUGGUGCUAUAGAUCCAUUCAACUAUCAUCUUUGAAACCACUGCAUCGCCAAUAUCAAAUGUGUUUUGUCUUCUCUGACAUUGAAAGGCUACAAUCAAUUUAUUUGAAUCAGAAGUCCCAGUUAUUUUUUCAUUGUUUUUGCAACAAGCCUGUAAUGUUGUUUUGCAUGAGAUUGUUUCCUUAGUAAUUACUUAUUCUGUGUCAGUUUAAGCGAACGAAGCACCUCACUGAAUUGAUUAUUAAGAUUAAAGGAAAUAAUCUUGUUACUGAAAGUGUUCUGAGACAGAUAAAGGUGCCAGACUUUUUGAAAAUGAAAUCAAUUCCUCUUGAAUUCAAUUUUCAUCCAUUUCAUAUUGCGCUUCAUGUCAAAGUGUACACCAUUGAGUUUUCUAUGUGGGCAUACACAAUAGAUGUCUAAUAACAGUAGUGGUGGCUCUAUUCAAAGUUUGAAACAAAUAACUAUUUUCAGAGAAAUGGCUGAUGUCCUACAACAAUGCUGAGAAAGAAAGACAUUGUCGGCUAAGAUUCAGACAGUAUAUGUAUUUCCAGUACAUUGUCGAUUGUACAAUGCUUG